AUGGCCACCUCCGCCAUGACACUCGCCAUGGCCGCGGCCACGGACGCCUCCCUCUUUCACCCCACGUUCCUCUCCCAACACAAGCUCACCCCGGCGGCCGCCUUCCUCCCACUCAUUUUCUCUCGCGCGCCGCUCCUCCGCUCCACCCGCCCCCGCGCCCCCCUUACGCCCCUCGUCGCCUCCUCCGACGCCGCCGAGGCGGGCCUCGACUGGGCCGACGCGGAGGAAGCCGAAGAGACGGUGACGGAGGAGGAGCCCGCGGUGGCGGCCUCCGGUGGGGAUGCGGGGUACGCAGCCGAGCCUCCCGAGGAGGCUAAGGUGUACGUCGGGAACCUGCCGUAUGAUGUGGACAGCGAGCGGCUCGCCCAGCUCUUCGACCAGGCCGGCGUCGUCGAGGUCGCCGAGGUCAUUUACAACAGAGAGUCAGGCCAGAGCCGUGGAUUUGGAUUUGUUACCAUGAGUACUAUUGAGGAAGCUGACAAAGCCAUCGAGACGUUCAACCGCUACGACAUCAGCGGAAGGCUUCUGAACGUAAACAGGGCAGCUCAAAGGGGCUCCCGUGUUGAGAGACCUCCUCGACAGUUUGCAUCUUCUUUCAGGGCUUAUGUUGGUAACCUGCCAUGGCAAGCGGAAGACUCUAGGUUGGUGCAAUUGUUCAGCGAGCAUGGGGAAGUAGUUAACGCUACAGUUGUGUACGACAGAGAAACUGGGCGUUCACGAGGAUUUGGUUUUGUAACUAUGGCUUCAAAGGAAGAUCUUGACAGUGCUAUUUCAGCGCUUGAUGGACAGGAGAUGGAUGGCCGUCCACUCCGAGUGAACGUUGCCGCGGAGCGACCGCAGCGAGGGUUCUGA